UCAUUGUUGGCUGCACAUUAUUUUUGUUUUCUUUUCGUUUAUUUCAUAACAAUCUAUGAAUCUAUUCAAUCUAUUGUGAAAAUUGAAAAAUGGAAGUAAAACAAGAAGUUAAUGAACGCACAUGUAAAGAAGAAGUAGAUAAUGAGGGGGUUGAUGAUGUUUUUGAUACCUUUAAAAUUGAAAUUAAGGAGGAGCCCAAGAAGGAAAGUACAAGUGAUGAAUUCGAUUAUUUGGUUUUAAACGAGGACCCUAUAAAGACAGAAAAAUAUGAAGACAAACUCAUAUUAUUUGAACAAAAAGAAACAAAUGAAAAAAGUUAUCCCCAUAAUGAAAUCAAAAUGGAAGUUAUGGAGACACUAACUACUGAACAUUCUUCGUACGAAAGAAAUUAUGUGCGUCCACAAGCUGAAGAAAAAACAUUGAAUCAAAAUAUGAAAGUUGCGAUUGGAAAAAGAUCCUGCAAGUGCGAAAUUUGUUCUAAGCAGUUUACCCAAGCAAAUAGUUUGAAAACACAUUCGAAAGUACACACUGAAGAAAAGCCUUAUAAGUGUGAAAUCUGUUUUAAACAGUUUAUUGGUGUAAGUAAUUUGAAAACACAUUUGAGAGUGCAUACUGGAGAAAAACCUCACAAGUGUGAAAUUUGUUUUAAGAUCUUUAGUCAAGCAAGUAGUUUGAAAACACAUUCGAGAAUACACACUGGAGACAAACCCUACAAAUGUGAAAUUUGUUUUAAGCAGUUCAGAUAUAAAAUUUCUUUGGAUGAGCAUACGAAAGUUCACACUAGAGAAGCACCUUACAAGUGUGAGAUUUGUUUUAAGCAAUUUAGUCAACCUGAUACUUUGAAAAGACAUUUGAGGGUGUACACUGGGGAAUCGCCUUACAAGUGUGAAAUUUGUUUUAAACAGUUUGGUCUCCAAAGUACUUUGAAAAUACAUUUGAGAGUGCAUACUGGAGAAAAAACUUACAAGUGUGAAAUUUGUUUUAAGCAGUUUAGUCGCGUAAGUAGUUUGAAACAACAUUCGAGAAUACACACUGAAGACAAACCCUACAAAUGUGAAAUUUGUUUUAAGCAGUUCAGAUAUAAAAUUUCUUUGGAUGAGCAUACAAAAGUUCACACUGGAGAAGCACCUUACAAGUGUAAAGUUUGUUUUAAACAGUUUAUUUAUGCAAGUAAUUUUAAAACACAUUUGAAAGUGCAUACUGGAGAAAAACCUCACAAGUGUGAAAUUUGUCUUAAGCAGUUUAGUCAAGCAGAUUCGUUGAAAAAACAUUUCAAAGUGCACACUGGAGAAAACCCUUACAAGUGUGAAAUUUGUUUUAAGCCGUUUACUCAAGCCAGCCAUUUGAAAUCACAUAUGAUGACUCACACUGGAGAAAAACCUUACAAGUGUGAAAUUUGUUUUAAGCAAUUUAGAAACGCAGGUAAUUUGAAAGAACAUUUGAGAGUGCACACUGGGGAGAAACCUUACAAGUGUGAAAUUUGUUUUAAGCAGUUCAGACAUAAAAUUUCUUUGGAUGAGCAUACGAAAUUUCACACUGAAGAAGCACCUUACAAGUGUGAAGUUUGUUUUAAGCAAUUUAGUCGAUCUGAUAAUUUGAAAAGACAUUUGAGAGUGCACACUGGGGAAUCGCCUUACAAGUGUGAAAUUUGUUUUAAGCAGUUUAGUCAAGCACGUUAUCUGAAAAUACAUUUGAGAGUGCACACUGGAGAAAAGCCUUACAAGUGUGAAAUAUGUUUUAAGAAGUUUAGUCAAGCCGGUCGUUUGAAAUCGCAUAUGAUGACACACACUGUAGAAAAACCUCACAAUUGUGAAAUUUGUUUUAAGCAGUUUUCUUUAAAAGAUCAUCUGAAAUUACAUAUGAUGACUCACACUGGAGAAAAACCUCACAAGUGUGAAAUUUGUUUUAAGCAGUUUACUCAAGCCGGUCAUUUGAAAUCACAUACGAUGACACACUGGAGAAAAACCUUAUAAGUGUAAAAUUUGUUUUAAGCAGUUUCCUCAAGCCGGUCAUUUGAAAUCACAUAGAUACAGGGUUGCGAAAAAGUCUGGCAACACGUUAUUUUCUCGGAAACCGUUAGAACGAUUUUUAUAGAUUUUGGUAGGUAAGGAUCUUUUAGUGCGGCCGAUAUUAUAGUGGUAAUUACAUUGUUGUCAAAUCUUCAGUUUUUCUGGAAAUCUAAUGAACUGUCUUAUUUCAAAUGGAACACCCUGUAUAUUUUUUAAGUUUUGGAAUCCUUAAGGGAUACUAAUUAUUUUUCAUAUGGUAUUCCCUAUUCGCCUAUACUUAAAUGCCAUAAUUUCGGAGUUAUUGCUACAUUUAUUAAAAAAACAUUUUAAACAAUUUAUAAAAGUCAAUUUUUUCGGCCCGGGUAACAUUAUUUUAGGUAAAAACAAAAUAAGUUAUCAAUCGAAGUAGCACAGAAAACGACAAUAAAUAUCGUUCCCAUACCACCAGAUUGACAACAGGUGGAAUACUUUCUUUGGUUACAACCUCCCGAGAUUUUCAAAAAAUAUAAAUCAUACAGGAUGCCGAGGAAAUUAAGAUAAGAGAAUUUUAAAUAAUUCACAACUCAUCUGCUCAGCGUGGUAAAUGUUCCAACAAGAAAGAUUUCUUAGUACUCAACAAAAGAGUAAAUGAAUUAAAAAUAUAUAAACAUUUUCAAUUUCUUUGCAACACGAAAAUGCAGCAGCUGCAUUAUACGCUGGUUAAAUCGGAGAGUGCGGGAAGAGGCUAUACCGGUUUCGAAGGUCUUUUCCCCCUCAUCAGUAAGCGCAUAUCCUCUGCUCUUCGACUUUCCCAGGCAUCAUACUUUGGGUCUUUCCGAAUUGCAAAGAAAGAAAUGUCACGGAUGCACUAGAACCAUUUACCGAAAGACAAAAUAAGUUAUCAAUCGAAGUAGCACAGAAAACGACAAUAAAUAUCGUUUCCAUACCACCAUAUUGACAACAGGUGGAAUUUUAUAGUUAAUUUUUAUAGUUAUUGCUGGCGCCACCUAGCACACAGUGAUUAAAGAUGUAGAAUUCAGAUUUAACGAUACAGUUUUCUUCCACUGGGUAAAUUGUCAAGAACAGUCCAAAAAAAGAAUAAGAAGAAGGUAGAGGUUAUUUGACAAAUGACAACUUCUUCUUUUUCCUGAGUUAACUGGCUAUGUCAAGGACAUAGCCCCAAAGAAGAAGAUAAUUAAUUUUAUAAUAAUAAUUAAUAACAAGAUAAUUGCACAUCCUGAAGUCGUGACGUAAGUGGAGGUCUGCAAGUUCGUAAUGAUUCGUAAUCAUUCGUAGUGUCCAAUUAGUAUUGUUCGCGAUUGUAAGCUAAGUGUAUUUUAUAUUUUAUCUUUGACAGUUAUUUUUACAGGAAUGUCGACACUAAAUUUUUUUCGAAUACAUUGAAGUUUAAUAUUAUUUUGCUAAUUGAAUAAUUUCAUCACAUAAUGCAUACAAAUCCCAUUUAACUUUAACAAGAAUUCAAAUUCAACUUCCGGUCUCCAGUUACGCCAUCAUGCGAGAACUCGGACUUAUUUGAGCUAUGGGAAAAUACUAUCUCGUUAUUUAUAGUAUCAUGCAGGGAGCUGAACUUGUUAUGAUUUUCAUAGAAAAUUGGUUAUAACUGUUGACGUUUACUUAGCCGACAUAAAUUAAUAAAAUGAAAUACUGCCAAUUUUAAACAUUCGGUAAUCGUACGGUACUCAUCGGUAGCCUAAAUUCAUUUUUCGGUAAUUACAACUUAAUUAAUUAAAUAUUGACCGUAUAUCUAGCCG